AUGUGAGUGGAGGAGGGUCACAGGCCUCUUUGAGGGGACUUCCCUGUUCCUCUGUUACCCUGUGCUCUCCUGUUCUCCAGCAUGGUGUGCUUGUGGUUCCCCGGGGGCACCUGGAUGGCAGCUCUGACUCUGAUACUGAUGAUGCUGAGUCCUCCUCUGGCUUUGUCCAGGGACACCCGACCACGUUUCCUGCGGCAGUUUAAGUUUGAGUGUCACUUCACCAACGGGACGGAGCGGGUGAGGCUUGUGGAGAGAAACAUUUACAACCGGGAGGAGUACGCGCGCUACGACAGCGACGUGGGGGAGUACAGGGCGGUGACGGAGCUGGGGCGGCGGAGUGCUGAGCACUGGAACAGCCAGAAGGAGCUCCUGGAGCGGAGGCGGGCUGAGGUGGACACGGUGUGCAGACACAACUACGGGGUUGGUGAGAGCUUCACGGUGCAGCGGAGAGUUGAGCCUGUGGUGACUGUGUAUCCGGCAAAGACUCAGCCCCUGUGGCACCACAACCUCCUGGUCUGCUCUGUGAAUGGUUUCUAUCCAGGCCACAUUGAAGUCAGAUGGUUCCGGAAUGGCCAGGAAGAGGAGGCUGGGGUUGUCUCCACAGGCCUGAUCCAGAAUGGAGACUGGACCUUCCAGAUCCUGGUGAUGCUUGAAACCAUUCCUCAGAGUGGAGAGGUUUACUCCUGCCAAGUGGAGCACCCAAGCCUAACAAGCCCUGUCACAAUGGAAUGGAGGGCACAAUCGGGAUCUGCACAGAGUAAGAUGCUGAGUGGAAUCGGGGGCUUGGUCCUGGGUCUGCUCUUCCUUGGGGCAGGGCUGUUCAUCCACUUCCGGAACCAGAAAGCACGCUCUGGACUUCAACCAACAGGACUCCUGAGCUGAAGUGAAGAUGGUGACACUCAAGGAAGAACCUUCUCUCCCAGCUUCUUCACAGCAUGAAAAGAUUUGAGCUUCACUCUUCUUCUUCCAUGAAGAGAAUGCUUCUUCAGGAUCUGGCUCACUCCUGGUUCACUGACCCUAUAGAAAAUGUUGUCAUUGAUGAGUUUCCUCAGCCCCUGGCCUUGGCCUGUAGGUCUCGGAUGUUGCUUAGAGCGCCUUGUGUUCCUUUUUCCCCAGUUUCCUUUUUAUUCAUCCUUACUCCUCCCCAUGUAUCUGAACUCAUUGCUCACAUUGCUUCAUAAAAGUUUUCUCAAAUAAACAUGGAGUGAAAAUCA